AUGGCGUCUGAAGAGAAUGAUCCUCUUUUGCAAGCUUUGAGUGCUGAACAAAGCGGCAAUAAUGCAGGAGAUAAUAAUACCAAUGAAGCCAUUGGUACUGAUCAGCAAGAUGGUGCAAACCAACAACCAUCAGAACCAAUUGAUCCUGAAAGAGAGAGAGCACUUCUGAAAUUCAAAGACAAGUUGCUUGAGCAUAGAAAGUGGGAUGCAAGGUUGAAAGAUUUACGAUUGGGCAUACGAGACUUGGAUAAAGAUUAUGACAAGACUGAAAAUGACAUCAAGGCUUUACAAUCCGUUGGCCAGAUAAUUGGAGAGGUUUUGAAGCAAUUGGACGAAGAAAGAUUCAUUGUUAAAGCGUCUAGUGGGCCACGGUAUAUUGUUGGCUGUCGAAAUACUAUCAAGAAGUCGAACUUGAAAAACGGUGUAAGAGUAUCGUUGGACAUGACCACCCUUACUAUCAUGAGAAUUUUACCUAGAGAGGUUGAUCCAUUGGUUUACAAUAUGACUACUUUUGAGCCUGGUGAAAUAUCAUUCAAUGGUAUCGGUGGUUUAACAGAGCAAGUUAGAGAGUUGCGUGAAGUUAUAGAAUUACCAUUAAAGAACCCAGAGCUCUUUACAAGGGUUGGUAUUAAGCCGCCAAAGGGAGUCUUGCUAUAUGGUCCCCCAGGUACCGGUAAAACAUUGUUGGCUAAAGCUGUGGCGGCAACUAUUGGAGCAAACUUUAUUUUCUCACCUGCUUCUGGAAUUGUGGACAAGUACAUUGGUGAAAGUGCAAGAUUAAUCAGAGAGAUGUUUGCUUAUGCUAAGGAGCAUGAGCCUUGUAUCAUUUUUAUGGAUGAAAUUGAUGCCAUUGGAGGCCGUAGAUUCAGCGAGGGUACCUCGGCAGAUCGUGAAAUCCAACGUACAUUGAUGGAGUUGUUGAAUCAAAUGGAUGGAUUUGACACAUUAGGGCAAACAAAAAUUAUAAUGGCUACCAACAGACCUGACACACUUGAUCCUGCAUUGCUUAGAGCCGGUAGAUUAGACAGAAAAAUUGAGAUUUCCUUGCCCAACGAAGCUGGAAGAUUAGAAAUUUUCAAAAUCCACACUGCUAAAAUAGCAAAGCAUGGAGAGUUUGACUUUGAAGCUGCAGUAAAAAUGAGUGAUGGAUUCAACGGAGCAGAUAUAAGGAAUGUUGUUACUGAAGCUGGUUUUUUUGCAAUUAGAGAUGACAGGGAGUACAUUAUACAAAAUGAUAUUAUGAAAGCGGUUAGAAAGGUUGCUGAUAACAAGAAGUUGGAGGGUAAGUUGGAUUACGAGAAACUAUAG